AUGGCGACAUACGAGGUCGAACACAAUACUACCGACCCCAGGAUAACCAACCAAGACCGCCCGCGCCGUCCAGACCUGUCAACCUUCUUCGCAACUCUGUCCGAAAUCACUCCCAACCCCGCCGAAACCCGUACGAGAGAACAUGCUGUCCCCGUACCUGGCGAUGUCAGUGCGGCUUUCCGCUCACUCGCAGAGGCAUUUGAUGUGAUGAGACGGGAACAUGACAUUGGAGGCGCUGGUGAUGAUGGUGGUGGUGAGGGUGGUGACGAGACGGCAGGCGAGGACCAUCACGGUGCUGCUCUGAUUGAUCAAAUGAUCGAGGCAUUGGUCCAGGGUGCGGAAUUGCCACCAAGGGAAGUGGAAGGAGUCAACGAAGAGUUCUGCGAUUCUCUCGACCGUGUCCCUCGCUCAACACUCAACGACUCACAGUCAUGUCCGAUUUGCAGUAACCCAUUCCUCGACGACCCUUACCCCCUUGUUGUGCGACUACCCUGCCAUACCACGCAUCUUUUUGAUCUCGAAUGCGUCCGGCCCUGGCUCCGCCUCCGAGGAACAUGCCCGUUAGACCGAACGGAUUUUGGAAAGAAGCAGCGCGAGAAGGAAUUGGAGCGAAGAAAACAGCAGGAAAAACGGAGAGCUGCAGCUGCAGCUGUGGAGGACGAUGAAGACGAUCUGGAUGGGAUGUAUGUCUGA